UAAACCCCCAUUUUCACAGAGAUCCAGACACCACCAGACCAAAUCAAAUUAUUUUAUGAAGAUUUCAAACUAACCCAAGUCACUGUUAAUGUAUGUUUCAGGGGCACUUUGAGGGCCAGUACUUCUAGAAGCCAGAAACACAUCUGUGACAACAGCACAGCAGUAUUAGAGUCAUUUGAGAUUGAGGGAGUGAUUCAGGCCAGUCUGACUGGAGCUCCUCAGGAUCUGACUGCAGCUCUGGGACUCUGCCACAGACAUGCACUGAGACCAGACCUGCUCCAACCUGGAUGGAUCACAGACCAAAGAGGCUGCAGAGUAACUUAUCUCCACCAAAGUUGGAUGUCUUGCUUUGAGGGUUUGCUGGGAAGUGCCAUUGACUUGUGCAAGGCUGCCGUUACCAAACUGGAAUAAUGUCCAUGGACUGGCGUGGAGGUGACAGGCUGCUUAUAGGCUUGUUUGUGAUGCUUAUCCUGAGGGUCAGCUGCUGUGCUGGACAGAGCUAUGAACGCUGGGAGGCUGGGUCCUCGUGCUAUGGAGGGUUUGACCUCUAUUUUGUGCUGGACAAGUCUGGAAGUGUACAGCACCACUGGAACGAGAUCUACUACUUCGUUGAUCACCUUGCGCAUAAGUUCAUCAGCCCCCAGCUCCGCAUGUCCUUCAUAGUCUUUUCAACGGAGGGAAGGAUCCUGAUGAAACUUACAGAAGACAGGGAUCUGAUUCGUGCUGGGCUGGAGGAACUUCAGCAUGUUUUACCAGGUGGAGAUACCUUCAUGCACAAAGGCUUUCAGAGGGCAAGUGAGCAGAUCUACUAUGGAACAGGUGACGGAUACCGCACAGCGAGUGUCAUCAUUGCUCUGACAGAUGGAGAAUUGCGCGAGAAUGAAUUUGACUUGGCAGCCAGAGAGGCCGGUCGCUCGCGUCAGCUGGGAGCUUCUGUGUACUGUGUUGGAGUGAAGGACUUUAAUGAAACCCAGCUGGCAACAAUAGCUGACAGCAAAGAUCACGUCUUUCCUGUUAAUGACGGCUUUGAAGCACUGCAAGGGGUCAUUGAUUCAAUAUUGAAGAGAUCCUGUAUAGAAAUCCUCGCCGUGGAGCCCUCAAGUAUUUGUGCAGGAGAAUCCUUUGAGGUAGUGAUUCGAGGGAACGGAUUCCUUCAUGCCCGUGAUGUGAGCAGAAUCCUUUGCAGCUUCCGUAUCAACAACACCCUCACCGUGAUGAAGAGGCCUCUGGUAGUCGAAGACACGUACCUGCUCUGCCCAGCGCCUGUACUGAAGGAGGAGGGAACGUCUGCCUCCCUCCAUGUCAGUAUGAACAACGGCCUGAGUUUUAUCUCCAGUUCUGUGACCAUCACGACUGUCAGCUGUGUGAGUACAGUAACCCUGCAGGGCAGCAGUGUCAAGCCCACUACCACUGUUACACUGGGCAGAGCCACUCCCAGUACCACUACACUGGGCAGUACCUCUAGUUCAGCUCCAUCUUCAGUCUGCCCUCUGAACACAACCGACGGAACGUUCUUGGCCAUAGCGCUGCUGAUACUGCUGCUGCUGAUUGCUAUGGCGACACUCUGGUGGUUUUGGCCCCUCUGUUGCACCGUGAUCGUCCAUGAGCCACCGCCGCCACCCGUGAUGGACGACAGUUCGGAUGAAGAGGAUGAAGGCUACCCAAAGAAGAAGUGGCCAACAGUGGAUGCAUCGUACUACGGUGGGAGAGGAGUUGGUGGCAUCAAAAGGAUGGAAGUGCGCUGGGGAGAUAAGGGAUCCACUGAAGAAGGAGCCAAACUGGAGAAAGCCAAGAAUGCACGGGUGAAGAUGCCUGAGCAAGAGUUUGAGUUUCCAACCACACGAACCCUAAACAACGGCAUGCGAAAACCCAUCUACCCUCAGAAGUGGUACUCGCCAAUCAAGGGGAAACUGGAUGCCCUGUGGGUGUGGCUUAGGAGAGGAUAUGACCGCGUAUCCGUGAUGAGACCUCAACCUGGAGAGAAGGGUCGCUGUAUGAAAUUUACCCGUGUGAAAUCCUGCCCACCUCCUCGAUACCCGCUUUACAACAACCCCUCAAGCCACAUCUACAGCCUCCCCCAUAGCAGAUGCCCUCCUGUCCCACAGGGCACCCUGCCGCCCACCCCACGCUGCUCCGCCCACUCUCCAACCACCACCCUGCCCCCUUUGCCAUCAACCCCACCCCCAACAUCUAUAACCCCUCCCCCUUACACACCACCUCCAACCAGAGCUCUUCCUCCUACCUGUCUGAGCAUCAAUGUGACUCUGCCUCCUUCUCCUCCCACACCUCCACCACCAACAAGCUUCCUACCGCCCUCAUCACCCAGCACCAUGCCUCCGCCCCCUCAGGCAGCGCCGCCAGGACGAGCCCCGCCCCCUUCUCGUCCACCUCCGCGCCCAGGCCCUGAAGAACCACAGUUCUACCAGGACUGAGUAGAUCUAAGAGAUUUGCACAAAAAAAACUGCUGGUUAUGCUGGUGCAAAAAUUAACACCUACAUUUUCCAGGCAUGAUUAUUACAAAUGGCAAUGGCUGUACAGAUGGCAGUGACUGUAUUGCACACUUCAUUCUGAUUGGAUGACAAACAUUCGGAGGUGCCAGUUUUCUAAAACUGCACAUCUAUGAAGUAGUUCUAGGUUUGUUGACUUUGAGUAUCACCUUGCCAUGUUCUUUAUUAUGAAUUGUUUUGUUUCAAAUUAACAGAACGCCAAAGAGAAUCAGAACAAAAAGACCAGGAAGAGAAACUGACGAAGAAAAUUGGAUACAAAUUAUAAACAUUUGAAAAAACAGAAUAACUGAUGAUAGACCAGUCUUCUUUGUUAGUAAAAAUGAUUCUGUAAAUUAUUCACAUUGUAUCAUUAUUAGCAUCUUAAUUAGCUUUGCAGACACAUUAGAAAAGGUCGAAAGAGAAGCAUCAGUAUUACAGAUCCUGUUGUACUUGAGAGAUCAUGUUCAGCCUUGAUGCCUUUUGAAUAGGACAGGAAAACAUCUGCAGGAUAAAAUAUUCCAGUGACUUCAAAAAUAGAAGGGAACAUUGACAAAAACUGAACCCAGACAAAAAUUAACAUGUUGGAGCCAUAAAUUCCCCAGGGAAUUUCCAAUGGGAGUUCAGAAAAGCAGUUUUGGAUUCAAGUAAAAUAUGAUCUGUGUUAACAAUAUUUGAAAAGACUUCUCACAUUCUACAAGAUAAAUUACACAGUCAUACCUCAUAUGUCAAUUUUGAGAUUUGGGGGUAUUUUUACUUACAUACACCAAACUUUAGUUUUAUUCCAAUCUAUAUUCUGAAGGUUUUCACAGAUCCUAUAUCAUUGAUCUGAUUUAUAUGACAUUUUAUUCCUAAAAACAUGGUGAAAAUGUUUUUUUUUUUCUGGCUGUUGACAGUAUUUUUUUCUGAUUUAUUGAAUGAUAAAAAGAGUUUUCUAAAAUACCCCCAGUAAAAGCCUUUAAUAUGUCAGAAUUUUAAAGUUUUGAAUAUUUCUGUUCUGAAAAUGUAUGCAAAUUAGUGCAUAAUUAAUUAGAUAGUAGCUUAUUUGUAAUACAAACAAUUCUCUCAAUGUACUGUGAUUAACCAAAUGGGGAAGUAUGCUGAUAUCUAUCAGUUAAACAGUUGUACCCUAUUCACUUGUGGUGUCUUGCCUUAAAGGGUUAGUUCACCCAAAAAUUAAAAUUCUGCCAUUAAUGUCGUUCCAAACCUGUACGACCUUCAUUAAUCUUCGGAACACAAAUUAAGAUAGUUUUGAUGAAAUCUGUGAGCUAUCUGGCCUCCGAUAGACUGCAACAUUAUUCCCACUUUCCAGGCCCAGAAAGAUAGUAAAGACAGGAUUAAAGGAUUAGUUCAUUUUGAAAUGAAAAUUAGCCCAAGCUUUACUCACCCUCAAGCCAUCCUAGGUGUAUAUGACUUUCUUCUUUCUUCAAUACGGAAGGCGGUCUGAUGGAAGCUACAUAUUUUACUUCAUAACUUGUUUAAAUAUGGAUAUAUUUUUUUACACAAAUGCAUCGCUUCGCUUCAGAAGGCCUUUAUUAACCCCCUGGAGCUGUGUGGAGUGCAUAUUUAUGAUGGAUGGAUGUAGAUAGAAGAGCUUUCUUCAGCUCAUAUUCAUUGAUCCUAUCACUGCCAUUAUAAAGCUCAGAUGCGUCCGGAUAUUAAUAUUUCUGUGAUUAUGUUCAUCAGAAAGAAGAUAGUCAUAUACACCUAGGAUGGCUUGAGGGUGAGUAAAGCUUGAGCUAAUUUUCAUUUCAAAGUGAACUAAUCCUAUAAUGUUAUGAAGUGACAAGAAUACUUUGUGCGUGAAAAACAAACAAAAAUAACGAUUUUAUUUAACAAUUUCUUCUCUUCCGUGUCAGUCUCUUAAGCAGUUGACAUAGUAAACACAGUGCAGCACUUCCGUGUUCUACAUUGUUAAUGUGAGCACCACAACGCAUACGUGUGCUGUUGACGCAGGAGCCAACCAAUAAUGAGUCGCUGUUCUGAUGUAAUUUAAUUUGUGUUCCGAAGAUAAACGAAGGUCUUACAGCUUUGGAGCGACAUGAGGGUGAGUAAUUAAUGACAGAAUUUUAAUUUUUGGGUGAACUAACUAAUUUAAGUUUCUACAUACAUCUGCCACAAAGAUAUGAGUUUAUGUGCUUGUUGAAGAAUUGGACAACCAUUGUAGUCCUUAUUUAACAUAGGAAAGUUUCUUCAAGUUAACCACAGGCUAAAUUUGACUCAUAAAUUGAAAACAGCUACUCUUAGAACCCACUAUCUUUCCAGGUUAGCCUACAGAUUGACGUCAUGACCAAACAGCUCUAUUCCAAAGGAAAUUGUAACACUCACCUGAAAAAUGAAUGCGGUUGACAUUUCAGUGUUACGAUCUGUUUGAAUGUUUGAGGAACAAUGCAGGCUUUUAUUUUGUAUAUAUGGAUGCUUUCCAAACAGCUGUGCUAAGAAUAUAUCAAUAUUCAUGAGUAAAAUUCAUGAGGUGCUUAAUGAUCUUUAAUUUAAAAUGUUGUCUUUUGUUCUGUUGUUUGCCAGUGAUGCAUUUAAAGGGAUAGUUCACUGAAAAGUGAUAAUUCUGUCACCAUUUACUCACCCUCAUGUCACUCCAAACUCAUUUGACUCGCUUUCUUCUGUAGAACACAAAUGGAGGAUGUCCGGGAUGCUCUUUUCCAUAAAUUUCAUACAUUUUCCAGUAUAUUCUGUGAAAGAAAAUCAUACAAGUUUGAAACAUUAUGAUAGUGAGUAAACGAUCACAGACUUUUUAAUAAUUCUGCAAACUAUUCAUUCAAGCAUAUGGCAGCAUUAGAUUUUUGCAGUUUGAACUGUUUUUUUUUUUUUUUAACUUCAGUGUUUUUUCUCAUGCUGGGUUGAAAGUUUGUGCUUGAGCUGUUGCAGAUGUUCAGUGUGUGUCAGGCAAUUAUUUGUAAACGAAGAGCAUGUUUUUUACACGCUUCAAUUAAAUGUUGGAAUUUGUAAUUCUGCGUCUUACAUUUGGGUCAGCAUAAUUUAUAUAGGCUAACAAGAAUUUCAGCAAAAUAGAUUGUUUUGAAUGGCUUUUGUUGAGUAUAACAAUUAUGAGCAUCCACACUGUUGAUAAAGGAAACACUGAACAUGA